AUGUUUGGUCUCAACCCUAUCUCUGCAUUGUUUGCCAUCGUGGUGUUCUCAGCAAUCAACAUUGCCGGGGCCUCGUCGUAUGACGUUGUCCUGCCACUUCUUGGUGCUGACCCUUGUACUUGGGGACCCUCAUUUUGGUGUGAAAAUGAGGAGAACAUGAAGAGAUGCGGCGUCACCAAGGAGGACUGUGAGAGAUAUGCCGAGGACCUUCUAUAG